AUGAGUGCAUACAUCUUCAUACUGGUCCUCCGUUUGCCAUGCUCCUUGAACCAGGAAGGCCUUCCCUUUGACAUUUUGCUCCUGGUUUUGGCAACAUUUAUUACAGACUACUUUAUCAUCUUGUUGAUAAAAGGAGGGAAUCUUUCGGAGACAAAAAGCUACCAGUCACUUGUACGUAGAACUUUUGGUUUCACCAGAUUUUUGCAUCUGUCUUUAUUUGCAGUUCAUAUUGCUAUGAUCAGCUACAACAUCAUAGCUGGUGACACAUUGACCAAAGUAUUUCACAGACUACCUGGAGUUGGGCCGGGCCACGCACUUGCAGUGAGACAUUUUGUCAUCUCAGUAUCCACCAUUCUGUUCACGCUUCCUCUGUCUCUUUUCCUGAAUACAUCGAAGCUGGGAAAGGUGUCCUUACUGUCCCUGGUGUUGACUCUUUUGAUCCUUAUCCCUGUUAUCAUCAGAACAGCUACCCUAGGACCAUAGAUUCCCCCGACACUGAAUGCAUGAGUAUUUACACGAUGGAAUGCAAUUUAGGCUGUUGGUGUUGUCUUUUAUGUAGCUUUGGACUAUCACAACAGCUUUAUGAUCUAUGGCUCUCUGGAAGAACCAAGUCUUGGUCUCGUGUCACUCACUUCUGUUGGUUCUUCUCUGAUUGUCAGUGUUCUGUUUGCUGUUUGCGACUGCAGCACCUUCACUGGGUACACGCAAGGUAAAAUCUUUGAAAACUACUGCAGGAACGAUGACCUGGCUAUGUUUGUUUACUUCUGUCUUGGCAUCAGUAUAAUAACAACUUGUCCUCUGGAGCGUUUUGUGACUCGAGAAGUAAUAUCCAAUGUUUUUUUUAAUGGGUCUCUCAACAACCGUGCCCAUGUGGCUGUCACCUUGCUUAUAGUUGCAGUGUUUACAUUGCUAUCCUUGGCCUACGACUGUCUGGGUAUUGUUCUGGUGUUAAAUGUAAGUCAGAUGUCCUUUGAAUUGUUGUGACUUAUUUCCCUACUCUGGUACAACAUGUAAGACUGCAGAAAAAUGUAUUAUGAACUCUGCAAUGAAUGUGUGUGUCACAAUUUACUAUUUGACUAUGAUGUUUGUGUGAUAAUGUGCCAAUACGCAAUGCAUUUAUCAAUUUGUAUAUCAAAUUGUGAAACAGUGAAGUUCCACCUUGAAUUGUGCAUGUAUUUACCUACCACAUGAUGUCGCUAUAACAUGAAUAAAACGAUCAUAAAAAGGCUCCAUUUGAAAACUAGGCUACCUACAGUAUUGUCUUCUUGCCUUAAUGUCAUUAUUCACCCUUCAAUGAUUAAAAAGGGGUGUUUUUCCCAAGUACUGGGGUAACAUGGGAAAAGCAUGUAUCGAAAAAAUAACUAACUCAAUGAAGUUACUUGUAGAUGGUUUGGGCAUGAUUUGAAAUAUGGUAAUUUAGGUACCACUGACUUGCAUUGGAUCACCUUAA